AUGGCUACGCGUUGUGCUUUGCUCCAUAUGUUCUUCUUGCUUUCACUGGCGGUGGCUCAUCCAUCAAACUCUACCAACAAUACCAAACCUGGCUGCCAAAGCUGUUGUGGUAACGUAGAAAUUCCAUACCCAUUUGGCAUCGGGCCAAAUUGUUUUAUGAACUCGAACUUCAGCAUCACCUGCAAUACUUCUUCCAACCCUCCAAAACCUUACCUCUCCUUUGAUGGUGUGAGUUUAGAAGAAGAAGUCUCUUAUGUAGAGCUUCACCGUCCCAGCCUUCACUGCAGGUUAAAGUGCCCGAAAAGAAGCGUUCAGGGAACACUAACCCCAGCGGAAUUGAAAACAUGGGUUAAGGACCUUCCGGCAAUAUCCCAUAGGCUUACUUACAGUAAAAUAUUGGACUUGAAAAGGAAAAAUAAGCUUAAGCACGUUAUAAAGCAGCCGAAUGCCGAGUGGAGGCAGAGGCCGGAGGUGGUUCUGGCGGUCUUGGAGGAUAAUAAUGUUGUUAGGAUUGUUUUACCUUCUAUUGAGACCAAAGCUCUGUCGAAGAAGGCGUUGGAGUUGAAGAGGGUGAGAGAGGAGUUUAAGUGGACAAAGAAUGAGGAGUUGGAAAAACUUGAGGAAGAGAGGAAGACGAUGGAGAAAUCUAUAAAAAUGCAGAAGAAAAUGGAGGAGAAGAAAAAGAGGCAGGAAAUAAAGAAAGAUCAAGUAUAA